AUGAGCUCCAAAGAACCGAGCGAAAACACGGCCCUUCUGGUACCAAACUCAGUAGAUUCUACUGAAAAUGACAUUUCUUUGGAGCAAAGGUUCCAUGAACACAAUCUAAGCUUGCCCAAGGCUCCAAUUCUAAUUUCUUUGUGGUUAGGUUCGUUUCUGGUAGCCAUAGACGGAACAAUCGUGGCUAACAUCACUAACACGAUAGCUGCUGAAUUUCAAGAGUCUGACAAGAAACAAUGGAUAGCGACCAGUUUCCUCUUGACUAACACUGCUUUUCAAUGUUUGUACGGUAAAUUGUCCGAUAUUUCGGGGAGGAAACCUGCGCUUCUCGCAGCUCAGUUUUUCUUUGGACUUGGGUGUCUACUGACCUGCUUCGCUCGCAAUGUGACCGAAUUCUCACUGGCGAGAGCUGUUUGUGGUAUUGGCGGUGGUGGGAUAAGCGCUAUGAGCAGUAUAACCGUCAGCGACAUUUGUACAGCGAAAGAUAGAGGCAUGUAUCAAGGCUAUGCCAAUAUUGUUUACGGAACAGGCCAGCUUCUAGGUGCCCCAAUAGGUGGGUUUCUCAUCACCAGGCUAGGAUGGAAGAUGAUCUUUGCUGUUCAGGUGCCUAUGAUUUUUAUCUGCUUCUGUUUGGCGCACCGCAACGUAAACAUAGAGCUUGCUCAUUUGAAGCCCGCAAAUGAGCGCUAUACUCUAAAAAAUUUGUCCCGUUUGGAUAUAAUUGGAUCCGGCACUCUAGUUAUGUCCAUCAGUGGGUUACUAUUCCUUUUUUCCAGCAACCUCAACAAAUUGGUAGUGUCUGUCAUCACUGUCUUAAGCUUUGGCUUGUUUGUAUACAAUGAAAAAUACUGGGCGUCUGAGCGUAUUAUUCCAUUUGAACUACUUCGUGGAAAUUUUGGUCUCACGUCUUUGGUAACCGUUCUAUCUACUUUCGUUAUGUUUGGAGACAUGUUCAGAUCGCCCAUUUACUUACAGGUUGUCCAGGAUAUAUCUUUGGCCAAGAGUGGUAUAUUCAUCUUAUUUGGAUCAGCCGCAUGCGCAGGUGCGUCUUUGAUCACAGGGUCGAUUAUGAGGCAUACUAAAUUAGAACUAGUGAGAUGUUCCUUUUUGUUAGUUCUCGCUGCUGUCUUUCUUCAAUUGACAGGAGCCGUCACCACCGCCUUAUUAACAAAGAAUCUCGAGCCGAAUCAAACACAUUAUGAAAGCGAGGGCUACUUUUCCAUGCUACUGAAAUCAAAAGGCUUUGCUUGGAAAUUCAUCUAUAUUACCUCUUCGGUAUUUAGCGCAUUCGGCUAUGGCUGUGUACUAGUGUCAGUCUUAGUGAGCAUUGUGUUCACAGUGCCCAAGUCUCAGCAAGCCACACUUACUGGCGUUUUUUAUCUGUGGAGGUCGAUAGGCAGUGUUUUAGGUGCAUCGGUUACGUUAACGACGUAUGACUUGUCGCUAAACUCUAAGUUGUGGAACUAUAUGAAAUCCCAAGGCCUUUCCGAAACAUAUCCAAAAUUGAUACGCGAUUCUGGGUAUCUCAGAACGCAUUUCUCGGGUGAAAAACUAGCUGCACUGUUGGAAAUCUAUCGUGACUGUUUUGUUUGGUCCUUCGGACCAGCUAUCGUCAGUGGAAUACUUUCCCUUGCGCUUGCAUUUUUCCUUGUGCGGGGUUUCCAGCCAAGUAGAAACUAG